ACCUCUUCUUCCCAGCCUCCUAAAAUAACAAAAUAACACACAUAGACCUCUAAAAUCCAACUAAACUCCCAUCAAAAUGUCAACCCACCCAACCCAAACCCCCCUCUCCACCAACACCGCCCCAACACAAACCACAACUACAACAACCACCACCACCCAGCACGCCCCCAACAACGGCGGUCUAGCGCAGAAAGCCCAUUCUGCACUCGCUGCGGUGCAUGGUACGGGCGAGGCGGUACGGGGACACUUUAACGCGGCUGUUGAUGAUGCGUUUGGCGAGUCAAAGGGUGUACAGAAGAACGCGCGUGUGGAGAAUGAGGGGUUAAAUGAGAUUGCGUCGGGGCAUUUUGGGACGGGGACGAAGGUUAGGGAGGGGGCGGUGCCAGGGGAUGGGGGGAAGAGGGGGAAUGAGGUGCCGCACCCACGCCGCGGUCGCCCUCAGGCUCCUCAUCGCAAUCUGGCUCUUCUUCGGCCUCAAACCCUCCCGCCUCUCCCUCGUCCUAACUCCUCCACCGCCGGCCCGCCCAUCCUCCCCAAUGUCUUCGACACCCCUCCCCUCUCCUCCCCCGCCAUCCGCAGCAUCUGCGCCGACACAGUCUGGGACCCCUCCCUAGUAUUCACCUGCAACUCCAGCGUCGGCGGCAUCCGCAACAUCCGCAACUCCCUCCUCAACUGCGUGCGCUUCACCAUCUCCGCCGCCGCCUCCCUCGUCACCCCCCUCAUCGUCGUGCGCAACGAAUCCUACACCGCCGCCAUCCGCACCGGCAUCACAGCACCACUCUCCUACAUGUUAUCGCCCUCGCACUUCCGCGACUCCCUCGCCCUCUCCUGUCCGGGCCUAAUCCUGCACGAGACUCUCGAAUCCGCUAUCGCAGGCGCCAAAAACCACGACCCGCUACCGCUUAAGCCAGAAUACCUCCAAUCCAAGAACCUCCCUCGCACCGGCCUCGCCUCCCCCGAAACCUGGAACGCGAACUUCACAACCUGGCUGCACGAGCGCAUACCCCUGCGCGCGCUGCCAGCAACGAAAAUAGUCCAUCUCUCGCGCACAUACCUCGCCUACCCGACCUACAGCGACGGCGUCAACUUCGCGCAUCACUUCGGUUCCAUCCUCAAGUUCCGCGACGACGUCCGGGUUCUCGCUACUAGCGUGCUGCGCGGCCUCGCUGAGCGGUAUGGAUACAAAGGGGUGCCGGAUUUCUUCUUCGGUGCGCAUUUGCGCACGGAGCGGGAUGCGAAGCUGGGGUGGCCGGGGGGGGAUUGGGUGUAUAGCCGGUAUGAGACGCAGGCUGCACUGCUUCUGUCCGCAGCCUCCAAUGCAAGCCUCCCGCUCAUAUACGUCGCCUCCGGGGACCAGGAUGAAGUCGCGAAGUUAAGUGCUGAGGCAGCGGCGAAGAAUAUGACAGUGACGACGAAGUUUGAUGUUCUGGGGAAGGAGGAGGUGGAGAGGAUGGAUAAGAUGAGUUGGGAUCAGCAGGGGAUGGUGGAUUUUCUGGUGAUGACGAGGGCGAGUGUGUUUGGGGGGGUGGGACAUUCGAGUUUUGCGUGGAAUGUGGCGUUGGGGAGGCAUGUGGUUGGGGGGGAGUCAGGGGAGGGACAUUUGAAGGGACCGCAGGCGUUGAAUGAUAAGCUCAGUCAGGUUUAUGGGAAGCCGGGGGAGUAUCCGGAGUAUCCGAGUACGCUGUGGCCUUAGAUUGGGGGAAGGGGAAAGAGAUAUGUAUGGAUAUAUACAUCGGGGGAAGGGGAAAGGGAUAUGUAUGGAUAUAUAGAGGUGGAUAUGUAGUUUUACAGCCUCAAUGUUGGAUAGUGGGAAGGCAGGAGCGUGGCGCGAUUAUACCAUAUUUAAACGCAAAUAGGCGGAACUGAGGGAGUAGCAAAUACUACGCAAUUUAAUUUGCCUAUCU